UGAAUAGCUGAUAUGUUAUUUGAGCGGAAGGAGGUAAAUUAUAAGAUAUCUUAUAUUUGAUUUGGAUUAUUUGGUGAUAUUUAUGUGUGGCCCAUUAUGGUUUUUGUUUUGAACGGUUCUGUAGGAUCAAAGCUCUUAUCGUCCUUAUAGACUUUCGUAGCGAAAAAUUAUGUGGGUGUAUGUAUUCUGUAAAAAUUAAUAUUGAUUUAUGAAUAUGGCGGAUAUAGAGGAAUAUCCUCUGCAUAAAGCAGUUUUUGAAAAUGAUCUCAAAAACGUAUCAAGAAUGUUGAGAACGGUGGAUAUAGCUGCCAAGGAUAGACAUGGUAAUACACCUUUACAUCUUGCAGUUAUGCUUGGGAGAGUUGAAUGUGUUCAACUACUUUUGAAACAUGAUGCUCCAGUUAAGGUGAAAAAUGGUCUAGGAUGGACUGUAUUAGCAGAAGCAGUGAGCUAUGGAAAUAGACCUACAAUUUCCUCAUUGGUGAGAAAGUUUAGACAGCAAUCCAGAGAACAGAUGGAAGAAAGGCGACCUAAUUUAGUAGAGGCAUUAAAUAGGAUCAACGAUUUUUAUAUGGAACUUAAGUGGGAUUUUCAGAGUUGGGUACCUCUUGUAUCCAGAAUACUGCCAUCAGAUAUUUGUAAAAUCUAUAAAAGUGGAGCUAACAUAAGGCUUGAUACAACCCUAGUUGAAUUUACUGACAUGAGAUGGGAAAGAGGAGAUAUAUCUUUCAUCUUCAAUGGAUUAGCACCAUCAAAUGAAAGCCUCACUGUCUUAGAUAAUGUAUUGAAAGUUUAUCAGAAGGUUAAAUAUGAGGAGAAUGAAAUGGAGAUAGAGGAUGAGGUUGAUUUGCUCAUGUCUACUGAUAUAUUAGCUGCUCAAAUUUCUACUAAAAGUAUUUCGUUCGCCAGAGCUCAAAGUGGUUGGAUAUUCAGAGAGGAUAGGAAGGAAUUAGUGGCUGGUCAAUAUGAUAGCGAAUUGUAUACUGUUCAUGGUUUAAUGUUAGAAAGUAGGAAAAGAAGAGAACAUCUCUCUGCUGACGAUCUCCAGAAAAAUAAAGCUAUUUUAGAGAGUUUUACUAAAGGAAACAACCUUCAAAAUCUUGACCAAAAUGGAAUUCCCUUGAGAAGAACUAGUUUAAUACCGCCUCCAGAUAAAAGUAUCACUUGGGAACAAUAUAUAAAUGCCGAAAUAAACGGUUAUCCUAGGCUAGGUAGAGAUCUUGUUUACAAAGAGUCUACUAAGGCUUUCAAGGCUACAAUAGCAAUGAGUUCUGAUUUUCCACUUUCAGUUGACAUGCUAUUGAACGUACUUGAAGUAAUAGCCCCAUUUAAGCAUUUCUCCAAACUCAGAGACUUUAUAACAUUGAAAUUACCAACAGGUUUUCCUGUCAAAGUCGAAAUACCUAUUCUACCCACCGUUACUGCGAAGAUAACUUUUCAGCAUUUCGAAUUCAAAAAUGACAUCUCCAAGAGCUUGUUUACCAUUCCUAAAAAUUAUGGCGAAGACCCUGCCAGAUUUCCAGAUUUAUGACGCCCUGAACUACUGAACUCGUUGGAAGUCGAUUAUGCCAAGAAACCCCAAUUUCUCCUGCUCUACGAUAUUCAAUUAUUGAAUAACAACAACACUGGAUCUAAAGAGCGGUUGAUUAAAUGUCGAAAAUGCAUAGAUGAUUCCGGUUUGGCUCACGUCAACCCUGAAACCAUAUGCAUGGAACUGCCUAUGCUUUUUACCUUAGGAAGCAUCUACUCCUCCAACUGUUUGCUCUAUUUGGAAUAGAUAGAUUGGAGUAUUAGAAAUUUCAAAUGUAUUUUUUUCCAAAUCUAGGGACCAAGUUAGUCAACACGAAGCAUCCCAAUUCUUAAGAUGGUUUGAUUAAUCCACAAUUCUAUUCUAGAAUGUCGGUUAAAUAUGUUUUUUUUAAUGGAAAUUUCAUAUGAAAAACUUGGUCUCUUAUUAUCAACAUGGUAUGUAUAGAUUAUGUAUUUUGUUUUUAUUUGAUUCAAAAUUUCCCAUACUUGGUAUAUAAAGAUUGUCCCAAAUUCAAUGCUCACUAAGAGCAUCUCGAUAACUAUAAGACUUUGAGAAAAAAUUUUCAAGGACCCUGAUCUCUUUUUUGAAAUAAUAAGAUAUCGGAAAGCAAAUCAUAAAUAUCUUGAUUUGUUCUGAAGUUACAGGGCGUUUCUGAAAAAUUACUGUUUCAAAUAUUUCGCUUUAUCUUGGUUUCUGUUUGAAAUAUUCAAAAAUUCUAAAACCUUUUUUCAGUGAUUUUUAUGGUUUGUAUGAUAAUCAUAACAGAACAUAGGAAUUAAUUACCGUUUUAGAGAUGUAGAGGAAAGUUGGUGUUUUUUAAACACCCUAUAUAUGACUUCAUCACAAUUAUAUAAUAGACUCAAAAUGAAUCUCGAAAUAAAUGAAAAAUAUUUAUAUGUCCAUUUUGAUGGAACACCUUUAAAGACAUUGAGUGUUUCGACUCGAUUUUUUUGAAAAUGAAUUUGAAAAACUCAAUAUCUUUGAAACAGAUGAGUUUAGAAAAAUUGAUAAUGGAAAGCUUUUCGACAAAUCAACAGUUAGAAAUCUGCGUUGAGAAAUAUAGGGUGUCCUAUUUAAAAAACACCAACUAUCCUUUAUGCGGUGAUUUAUUUCUAUGAUCUGUUAUGAGUGUCACAUAAACCAUAAAAAUUACUACAAAAAAUGUCUUUCGAAUUUUUCCAAUAUCGCAAAUGGAAACCAAGAUCUAGAGAAAUAUUUGAAAAAAGAGAUUUUUUUCCCUUAGUCUUAUAGUUCUCGAGUUGCUUUCAGUGAGCAUCCAAUUUGGAACACCUUGUACUUGUGGAGGAACUGUCCAAAGAGUUCAGUAUAUCAAUGAAAUAAUUUUUUUUAUGAAAUGAUAAACUUAGCUAUAUGUCAUUCAAACCAUAUCACUUGAACUUCUCAUAUAUUUAGAAAAGUGUGCACCUAAUUUUAGUUUUUCUUUUAUCUUAGCUGUGAUUUUUUAAAUUUUGUCUUAAUUUAUUAUUUUCAAUUCAAGCAUGAAAAGCAUUGAUUCUUUUUUUUGGAAAAGCGGGCCAAAAUUAUAUCUAUUUGCCUGUAUUCAAUGUUUUUCUGAGGCCUAUCUCUUUCUAUUGAAAGAGAAAUUAUUUCUAUUACGUUUUUUCAUAUUUGCUAUGUUUGAUUGAUCAGUCAAUAAUAGUUUAUACUCAAAAGUACAAUUAAUCAAUAGGAUAUUUGAAAUGUUGAAAAUGUUAUUUAUGUAAUGAGAAUUCAAUGACCUGAAUUUAAAUAUUCCUAAAAAAUGGUAGAGACUAUAAUAUUUGUUGAGAAAGGACUGUCCCUUAUUUCAAUUGUUGAAUGUAUAAAGAAACAAGAGCAUUAAAUGAUUCUGUUUGA